AAAAGUCCAAACCUAAACAUAAUGCAUGAAGAGAGCGAGUGAGUGAGUGAGAGAAGUAGUUAUAAUGUGCGGUGUGCUCAUACUCAACCCAGACAGUUUCAUUUAGAGGAAAAUAAGAUGAGGGGAGGGGGUUGCUGAGAUUGGUAGUAUACAAAGCUUUAGCAAAGCAGGCAUCAAACUGGACGCAGCGAGUGAUGAGGACUGCGGUGCUCCGAGGACCCAAAAAACUGCAAAGGAUCGCUUUAAAGACUUUUGGAUUACGCAGUAAUUAAACCCACAAAAACAACUUUAACAGAGUGAGCCGGCUUUAAAUUGCGCAGGGUACCCGCACGACCACAGAGCUGAUAGCGGUCCUGAGUCUGUUGUUGUGAUGUGACCGCUGGCUGCGCCAAAGCGGCGCUUUUACGCACGAUGGAGGACCUUUUACGCGAACAGAAUAGUUGGGCGCAGAAUGUUUCCUGGAGCAACUCAAGUCGAGGAAACGACAGCCAUUUAGGAAACACAACAGUGAACCCUUUGAAGCGAAACGAAGAAGUGGCCAAAGUGGAAGUUACCGUCCUGGUCCUGGUGCUGCUGCUCGCUUUGACCGGUAACCUGUGCGUCCUGUGGGCUAUCCACGCCACCAAGCACAGCCAGUCUCGGAUGUAUUACUUCAUGAAGCACCUGAGCAUCGCAGACCUUGUCGUUGCAAUAUUUCAAGUUUUACCGCAACUCAUUUGGGAUAUCACAUUUCGCUUCUAUGGGCCUGAUUUGCUGUGCAGGCUGGUUAAGUACCUCCAGGUUGUUGGUAUGUUUGCAUCUACUUACAUGCUUGUCCUGAUGUCCAUCGACCGGUGCUUAGCAAUAUGUCAGCCUCUUCGGUCCGUGCACAAGAGAAAGGACCGUUACUACGUGAUCGCCUCUUGGAUGCUCAGUCUGAUAUUCAGCACUCCUCAAGCGUACAUAUUUUCCUUGAAAGAGGUCGGAGACGGUGUGUAUGACUGCUGGGGAGACUUUGUACAGCCAUGGGGUGCCAAAGCAUACAUCACAUGGAUGAGUCUCAGCAUUUACAUUUUCCCAGUGGCAAUUUUAAGCAUCUGCUAUGGCUUGAUAUGUUUUAAAAUAUGGCAGAACUUCAAUUUAAAAACCAAAAGGGAGCACUUCCUGGCUCUGACUACAAGGUCCUCCAAAGGCGCACAUCCCCUCUCUCGUGUGAGCAGCGUGAGGCUAAUUUCAAAAGCAAAGAUCCGCACAGUGAAAAUGACAUUUGUAGUGGUCCUUGCCUAUAUUGUGUGCUGGACUCCCUUCUUCUUUGUCCAGAUGUGGUCUGCAUGGGAUCCUGCUGCACCAAGAGAAGACAUGGCCUUCAUCAUCGCCAUGUUGCUGGCCAGUCUCAACAGCUGCUGUAACCCCUGGAUCUACAUGUUCUUUGCUGGUCACCUUUUCCAGGACCUGAUGCAGUGCUUCUUCUGCUGCUGUAGACAGUACAUGACAGCCUCCUCCUGCAGCUCUGAUCAACAGUGCAGGCACAAGAGCAGCUCCUCAACUUACGUCAUCAAGAACACGAGCAGCCAGAGGAGCCUCACACACACGUCCAGUACCGGAGGACCAGGACACUGAGGAGCCAGCUGAAAGCCAUCAAGGCUUCCUUUAGCUGAGUAAGCUGGCAAUCGUGCAAGUCCACAAUUUUAGGCAUUUAAUCAUCAGCAGAGGUGGCCAUUGCAACACGGUUUAAACAGAGCUAAAUAGAUGAUGUAUAUCUUCCAUCCAGACAAAACCCUGCAUCCUGUGAUAACAGAGCAGAACAAAAUGUCUUUGUGUCUCUAUCUCUAUUGAAGUGAGCCCUUUGCUAUCACAGAGCACCUCUUUCCUUUUUUCUUUUUUUUUUUUUUUGCACUGAAGUUCUGCAAAUCAUAUUUUUCUCUUACAUCGUCGCCUCUAGCUUUUUAUGAUCUAUCUUCUGUCUUUCUGCAUAAACAAUAUGGGCAUUUUUAAAAUUUGUUUGUAUGCUUUUGUCUUUCAGUCUUGAGUCUUAGAGUGAACAGUUGUUGUCUUGAUUUGGUAAACAGCUAUCACAAAAAAUACUAUUAAUGUUGCAUAGAGGGAUUCUUUCUACAAAGAAAAAAAGAAGGAGUUUGGCAGAUUACAAAAAUAUCCUUUUAAUGCAGCAUUACUUUGUGUAAAAGGAUGUUAUAAUUGUAUAAGUACAUUACAUUGGUGGUAAAAUCACAAUGUUGAUAUGCAUGAAUGAUAUUGAGGUUAUUAAGAUAAUAUCCAUGCUUAAUCUGAGUAUGUCUGUUGUGACAAUGCAACAACACACAACUUUAACGGAGCUAAAUCCAUAAGGAAUACAUUUUACCACAAAUAGGAUGCUUUCACUGUUUUCAGCACCUUUCUCGUGCGACAGAUCAAAUAGCGUUUGUCCUUUAUGAUGUAAUGUGAAAUUCACUUUGUAAAUAGUUCCCACUGUUUCUCAUCUCUUCUUUUUCUAGGUUGAUGGAUUCGGGGUAACUUGUGUACCCGGACUUCAGAGUUUAAACACAUCGUGAUCAAACUAGAUUAAUGCUUCCCCCUUGUGGCCAUAGCUACUACACAGUCUUAUUUUUCUGCUCUGUUUCAUUGCUGUACAAUUUGAGGCAAAAUGCCAGCUGUUAUGGAGGAUUUCGGUGUCAUGAUAAAAUCAUGUAAAUUCUUGGCUUAUUAUGUGUGUUUUGAAGUGUAUGUAACUUUAUACAGCCUUACAUGAUGUGCUUCGGAGUGAUGAUCAUCUAUAGGGAGCGGGUUUAAGGGGAAAGGAGGGAAGAAACAUUCACAUGCAGUAAGUGUAACCUUAAGAAGUACUCAUGAUACCUGAUAAAUGUCAUGGCAUGUGGGAGAAAGUUUUAUUGUUUUAGUGCAGUGAAAGCUUUCAUAUUGUACUUUAAAAACAUUUAUUUGACAAAUAUAUGGAAAUUGUAUACAUAUAUUUUAUAGUAAACAAUUUCUAGAUUUUCCUGUAUUAUCAUG